CGCGCCACGGCGACCCCACCGCCCCCUCCCCUCGUUAACACUCUCGUGCCUAGUAGCAGCUGGUGCUAGCUAGUGGUAUCCACCCACAUUCUUCCAGCUAGAGCGAGGGGGCAGCCGGCCAGCCAGCGAGCAGCGCAGCGAUGGCGUCCACCUCCUGCUUCCUCCACCAAUCCACCGCCCGCCUCGGCGCCGCCUCCUCGCCCCGCGCCGCUCCCGCGCGCGCCCAGCUCUUCGUCUGCAAGGCCCAGAAGCAGGACGCCGCCGAGGGCGACGUCUCCCGGCGCGCCACGCUCGCGCUCCUCGCCGGCGUCGCCGUCGUCGGCGCCAAGGUGUCCCCGGCCGCCGCCGCCUACGGAGAAGCAGCCAACGUGUUCGGGAAGCCCAAGACGGACACGGAGUACAUGGCGUACAGCGGGGACGGCUUCAAGCUGCUGAUCCCGUCCAAGUGGAACCCCAGCCGGGAGCGCGAGUACCCCGGCCAGGUGCUCCGCUACGAGGACAACUUCGACGCCAACAGCAACGUCUCCGUCAUGAUCCAGCCCACCACCAAGAAGACCAUCACCGAGUUCGGCUCCCCCGAGGAGUUCCUCGCCCAGGUGGACUACCUGCUCGGCAAGCAGGCCUACAGCGGCAGGACAGACUCCGAGGGCGGGUUCGAGUCCGACGCGGUGGCCACGGCCAACAUCCUGGAGAGCUCCGCGCCGAUGGUCAACGGGAAGCAGUACUACAGCGUCUCGGUGCUGACGAGGACGGCGGACGGCGACGAGGGCGGCAAGCACCAGCUCAUCACGGCCACCGUCGCGGACGGCAAGCUCUACAUCUGCAAGGCGCAGGCCGGCGACAAGAGGUGGUUCAAGGGCGCCAAGAAGGGCGUCGAGAAGGCCGCCAGCUCCUUCAGCGUCGCAUGAUGAGAUCGGAUUUGAUUGGUUCAUGGGAUGCACCGUGUGUAGAGAUGGCAUAUGCAUGUGUGUUCCUUUGAUUGUACAUGAGAACAAACUAAGAGAAGUCCAUUUCCCUGCAAGGAUUUCUUUCAUCGAUGUUCAAGAUAUCUUAGUGCUAAUAAUGCUUCAUUUUUGUA